UGGGAAGUGGGGAAAGGGCUACCUCUGCUCUUUGCAAGGGUUAUAUCUACUCUGCUCAUCGCUGUUUUCCUUCUCUCUCGGUGAGAAGAAAUGCGUGCAUCUUCAGCAAGGAGGAGGGGUGCUACAAGGAGCCCCGCCCCCUGCUGGAGAGGGCGGGUCCAGGCCGGGGGCGGGUCCUCACCAGCCGCGCCUCCCGUCGCCUUGACGACCGCGACAAGAUGGCGACCCUGCCGGGAGGGAUUCAAGGGCUGUACCCCGAGGCGCUGAGCCCCGAGCAGCUGGAGAAGCUGCGCGGCUUCAAGAUUCAGACUCGGAUUACUAAUGAAAAGUACCUAAGGACCCACAAAGAAGUGGAGUGGCUCAUAAGUGGUUUCUUCAGAGAAAUGUUUUUGAAAAGACCAGACAACAUUCAAGAAUUUGCUGCAGACUAUUUCACGGAUCCAAGACUUCCCAACAAGAUUCACAUGCAGCUAAUUAAGGAGAAGAAAGCGGCUUAAUUAGCAAAAUCCUGAUGCUCAGCUGUUGAGAGAGAACAGAAAGAAUCCAGCCUCGGGGGUCAUCUGGAAGCGAGAGAGCCCUGUUGCCAUCACUGUGGGUUUCUGGGCUGUGUCUGCUGUUGCAAAGGCUUUUAAAGAUGCUCAUUAAAAACAGACCUCCCUGUU